CACAUUAAUAAAAGCCAUUUUUCAUUAUUAGCAGCCUUUUUUCUUAAAUCCAAUGAUCUCUGUAUCAGUGCUGUCAGCCACAUUACCCUCCGCACAUCAUCACAGCCUGAUUAAAAGUGACAAUCCAUCUUUGCCUUCCCCGUUCCAAUAAGUCAGACAUCAUCCACUUGAGGAAAAGCUAUUUUCAUUUUUCAUUCAUGUCACCUGAUUUGAAAAGGUGAUGAGGACUUUGUUAUUCUGGUCACAGACACCAUCCUCCCAUCUUUAAUAUCAAUGUCAUAACUCAAAAGCUCAUGAGAAAAAAUUUUAAAAAAGGCAAACUUUGUGACGUGUUCAAGCUCACAUACGUUUAAAUAUGCCAGUGAGAGUUCCAGUGGUUGACUUUCUGUUUGAUCUGUGACUUCCCACAGCGAGAAACGUGAUCAUGAGACUAAUGUGGAAAUCCAUGGACAAGAUGAGGUGUUUGAGAAAGCGAUCCAUGUUCCCCUUCCUUGGCUUCCUUGUUACCUUUCUACUAUUCUUUAAUCUUUACAUGGAUGAUGGAUAUGUGCUGGAGGCUGAAAAAGACAGUUCGGAGAAACACUGUUGCAUCCCGUGAACUCUGAAAGAUAUGUCCACACGUUCAGGGAUCUGUCCAAUUUCUCUGGAACAAUUAACGUCACAUAUCGCUACCUUGCAGGAAUUCCUUUACCACGCAAGAAGUAAUCUCACCAUUGGGCUGUCAUCAAUCAAAAGAAAAAGAGGGAACUACCUUCUGGAAACAAUCAAGUCCAUCUUUGAUCAGUCCAGUUAUGAGGAACUGAAAGAGAUUGUGGUGGUGGUCCACCUUGCAGACUUUGACCUGGUCUGGUGUGAAAACCUGGUGCAGGAAAUCACCAGGAAGUUUGCUCAUCACAUCAUAGCAGGACGGCUCCUAGUGAUCCAGGCUCCAGAGGAGUACUACCCAUCUCUGGAAGGGCUGAAAAGGAACUACAAUGACCCGGAGGACCGGGUCCGUUUUCGUUCAAAGCAGAACGUGGACUACGCUUUCCUCCUCAACUUCUGCACAAACCUAUCUCAUUUCUACAUGAUGUUAGAAGAUGAUGUACGCUGCUCCAGGAACUUCCUAACAGCACUAAAGAAGGUCAUCACCUCCAGAGAAGGUUCGUACUGGGUGAUGCUGGAGUUCUCUAAGUUGGGCUACAUUGGGAAACUGUACCACUCCAGAGACCUGCCUCGCCUGGCUCAUUUCCUGCUCAUGUUUUACCAGGAAAUGCCCUGUGACUGGCUCCUCAUCCACUUCAGGGGCCUCCUGGCCCAGAAGGACGUGAUCCGCUUCAAGCCGUCUUUGUUCCAACACAUGGGCUACUACUCCUCUUACAAAGGAGCAGAGAACAAGCUGAAGGACGAUGACUUUGAGGAAGACUCCAUUGACAUUCCGGACAACCCUCCAGCCAGCCUUUACACCAACAUCAAUGUCUUUGAGAACUACGAUGCCACAAAGGCUUACAGUAGUAUUGUUGAUGAGUACUUCUGGGGAAAACCUCCAUGCACGGGUGAUUUCUUUGUUAUCGUCUUCAACAAAUCAAUGAAAAUCAGCAGGAUGAAAAUCGUGACAGGCACAGAGGAUCGACAGACUGAUAUUCUUCACCACGGAGCUUUGGAAGUUGGGCAAAGGUUGAUUGAAAGUAAACAGGGAAUGCAGUGUGUGUCCUACAUUACAUUAGGAGAGUUUCGAGGUGGCAGCAUUGAGGUUAACAACGUGGACCACAAAAUCAGUUUUGACAUUGAAUGUGUACGAAUCGUUAUUACUGCCAGUCAGAAAGAAUGGCUCAUCAUAAGAACUAUCAGUUUAUGGACCGCACAGCCAUCGAGUCAGUUAAAAAAGUAACAAAAUAUUUUCUGUUUGCCAAUUCAUUUUGGACUGCUACAUGUGAUUGUCUGUUUAUAACUUAAAAACAGUCCAGAUUUUCUUGGGUUGUUCUACAGUAUUUGAAAUGAUAAUGUAUUAAAACACCCAAUCUGUAUAAAGCCUUUGUACUAACAUUCCUACUGUAUAUAAAAUGGUCCAUGUGG